AUUUUACGUGUGACGUAGUCACGCCACGGCAACUUCCGGUGUUUGCAAACCUCUCUUUCUGUUUCAUUGAGUUGGUAUAUUUUUUGUUUACUUUGUUUAAUCUGUUUACUUGUGUUUUGUUCUGAAUAUUCACUAUGGAAGAAACGGGUCUGACUUACAUAGGGAUUCACUGACGAGUUUGAAUUUCGUUGCGUUGUUACUCGACGAGUCUGUUUUGAGUCAUAAACUAAAGCGUUGCCUCAUUUGUUGGACCUUGUAUGCGGUCCGACAAGCUUGCUACGCGACUGGAAUUUCAUUUGUCUGUUUCACUGCUCUCGUAAGUAUUACAUAAUGAACAUUUUGCCCAAAAAGAGCUGGCAUGUGCGCAAUAAGGACAACAUUGCGCGCGUGCGCCGUGACGAGGCUCAAGCAGCAGAGGAGCAACGCGAGAUUCAGCGGCGAGUGGAACGCGCAGAGCAAGAGGCUCGAACUGAAUAUUUGAGAAACAAAGCUCGAGCAGCCCUUCACCAGACGGGAAAAGGGACAGAGGAUGAAGAGACGGCAGAGACGAGCCGAGGAGCCAGAGAGAUAGAACACCUAAAUUUAUUUCCUCUAGAGGACUCAUCUGAAAAGAAAGGAAAUGCAGAAUACCUCAAAGAGAAGAAGGAAGAGAAGGAGAAGCAGGAACGUGCUAUUGGUCUUUUAGUGUCUCUAGGUCCCGCUCCUGGAACAGAAGUAACUCCCUGGUACCUGAAAGGUGGAAAAGAAAAAGAAGAAGAGACCGACAAGAAAGAGAAAGGCAAAAACAAGACAAGAAGCCUAACUGAAGAGGAGAGAGAAAAGAAAGACAGGAAGCUGAAAGACAGUUUGGAUCCUCUUAAGGAAAUGAAGAAGGCAUUGGCAGUGAAGGACAGGAAGGAGAAAAAGCAUAAGAAGAAGGAAAAGAAAGACAGAGGAGAGAAGAGGAGUGGAGAGAGUUCAGUUGAGAGGUUACGGGCUGAGCGACUGCAGAGGGAAGCGGAGGAGAAGAAAAGGACACAGGCUUUACUGGAUCAGAGGAGCGGAGGCGGGAAGCAAAAAGAGCAGGAGCGAGAGAUGGGGGAUAGAGACAGACCAUACAACAGCGCCUACUUUCCUGAGUUGGCACGGAAAAGGCAAAGGAGAGACAGAGAUCAGUAUGGCUUUUAUUAGCUUACAAAGGCAUUGAUUCAGUAAGUCUAGAAAUUGUUUUGUGGCUGGACAAGAAAUUAGCCACGUGCAAAGUGUGAGGAGCAUUUAAAAUGACUGAUUGCUACCUAAAAGCCUUCGAUCUGGCCUCUGGAACACUUUUAUUGG